UUCUGAUCUAUUCAUCAACUGUCAAGGCAGUACAAUUCCUAUUUUUAUUUUUUAAACAGGGUUCCUAGAUCAAAUUGUCUGGGCUGGGACAAGAAAAGGAACAUGAUCUUGACUGAGCGCGGGCCGCGGAGAUGGUGAGGAUGCCGAGCUGUCUGCGACAUGGUCGUUGCUCCUCCGGACUUGGUAGGAGGAGUGAGGAGGUCGAUCCAUCCUCGGCUUCGUCGUCGUCGUGCAUCUGUCAAGAGAUGCUCGCGCGCCGGGAGACGAAUCCACAUCUGCUCCUGCUCGACUGCUUCCAAAUCGAGUGACGCAUGCUUCUGCUUGCUAUGGAGGCCGCUGCUCUGAUCCGCUCCAACUGCCAGCGAUGUUCCUCCUCAAGGUCAAGGCAGGCUGGGUGGGCUCCUCGUCGGCGUCGGCUUUCCCUGCCUGCCACUGCUUUCUGAUGGAGCGGACCUUUGGAUGCUCCUGUGCCUCUGGUGGUGGGCUAGGCUGGAACUGCUCUGUUGGAUCCUUACCUUUCUUUUGCAGUGACACUGAAUGGUUUGGCUGGUCCACAACACAGUCUCAGGGAUGGAUGGUCAAGUUGUAUAUGGCUUCCACCAUGUACGAGAUGAAAAACCAUAUCUUGCUCAAGGACCAGUUGCAAAUAAGGGCAGUUAAAGAGUGGAUGCCCAACUGCUCUGAUGUAGGCCGCUCCGAAUCAAUUAUCCGAUAUAUGGCGUCUCUUGAAGGAUUCUCAGUGGUCUCAUGCCUCUCUGUCAGGAUUCUCCCAAUUUGAAAGAGGGAACGAGUCCCUAAGACCGCUCUUUGGAAUUCCAAUAUAGAUGAAGAUAGAACUGAAAUUUGAGGGCCAACAAAUAUGUUGUAUCGUGGAUGUCCCCCUUUACAUCAUUGUUUUAUGAAAUGCACUAACGCUCCUGGAAGGUUGUUCUGAGUAUAUUUGUAUAUUUUUUACAACAAGUAUGAUUUGGUGUGAAGUUAUCCAAUGUCGUGUGAUGAACCUUGAUGUUUAGUAUUGAAUCAUUAGUAAGUGUUUAGUAACCUGCUUUUUUAGAUGUUAC